CAAUUAUAAUCAUUUAUCACAACUUUACUUUUACUCUUCUUUCUUCACAUCUUUACAAUAGACAUUGAAUGCAAAACUUUAUGGUGGGCUCCUUCUCAAUUCCAAAUAUGGCGAGUUCAUCCAAAUCGGUAGCACAACUUAAAGUAGUAAAAUUCCCACGAGACACCAUUCGUAUGUGGGGAAUGAGGAAUCUUUCUACCUGACUGACUGAGAGAGUUGAUCGCGUGGAGUCAUGGCAUCACCGCCGCCACCAUGUAACUGUUGGAGCCAUCUCACAAACUCACCACCAAUUCUAUUAUCCGGUGCUGCUGAUUCUGCACAAGCUCAGCCACCUUUGCUGAUCAGCUCGAAUCAACGGCUUCAGCGCCAGAUCAGGAAUCGUGAAUCUUCUGCUCGUUCCAGAGCAAAGAAACAGGCUUGUUAUAAUGAGUUGGAAUUCAAAAUUGCUCGCGUAAUGGAAGAUAAUUCUAGACUUAGAAGACAAAUAGAAGAGUUGCAGCUCCGCUUGAAGUCCUCUACUAACCACUCCAAUAUGACGACUCUGGAUCGAACCUUAACAUCUCCGUAUUAAGAGGGAAAUAGCACUUGGGAGUUGCAGUGCUUCUACCAGCUUGGGUGCAAACAAAAAUUAAAAGAAGUUUUUUAAGCGUAUUUAGUUAGUUGCUAUGUAUGGCUUAUGGGUAAUGUCAAGUUUAGGGUUUGAGCCUUUGAGGGGUUAGGGGUAUUAUUGUAAUCUGGAUUAUUAGUAUCUAUUUAUAUGCAUGUAACACUGUAAUCCUAAGGUAUUUUAAGUCCUAAUCAAUAAAUGGAACUAUAAUUUUUCUAUAA